AUUUAAGUUUGAUCUGAAAAUUAGCAAUCACUCCAGAAAAAUAACAUUUACAUCCACAACAGAUUUCCAUCAUAUGAGCAUCUGAUGGCCUUUUGGAACCUAAUUGAAGAGGCAACAAGCAGAAUGGUGAGGGUCACCAGCAGUCAGAAGAGCCUUUCUACCAGCACAUCCACCGAGAGCCCUAUGAACAGACCAACUAAAUUGUUGCCAAUUGAUGAGCUGUUUCUGUUCCUCAAUUAUCUGGCAACCGGCUGUACACAAAGGGAACUUUGUCACAAGUUUAACAUCCACAGAGCUACAGAGAGUAGAAUACUUGUGUCACGGUCCAACUUUUUGUACACCUUGCUUGGAUCUGUCUCCAUCUGGAUGGCACCUGACAGAGUGAGAGCAAACUGCCCCACAGAUUUCAGUGGCCCUUACAAAAAUACUCAGGUCAUUCUUGACUGUACUGAAAUGAGGUGCCAAACACCCUCCUCCCUUCUGCUCCAGAGCGAGGUGUUUUCAGCUUUCAAGUCACACUGUACCUUCAAAGCGUUCAUUGGCAUGUCCCCCCAUGGAGCACUCACAUUUGUGUCAGCACUUUUUGAAGGCUCCAUAAGUGACAAGGACAUUUUCCGUCACUCCGGCAUCUCCUCCCUCCUAACGGACGAUGGAUGUAAUGGUGGACAAAGGGUUUCUGAUCGAUGAGCUAGUGCCCGGGAAAGUCCAUCGCCCAACCUUUUUGGCCAAGUAAGCCCAAAUGUCAGAGGUGGAUGUGCUUAGAACCCAGUCCAUUGCACGUCUGAGGGUCCAUGUGGAGAGGCUCAUCAGGAGGGUUAAAGAAAACAAACUUUUCGACACAGUCAUCCUCUUUCCAUUUCCGGAAAUAUUAACCAAAUUUUUACUGUAGCAUUUCUCCUCACAAACUACCAAUACGGACCCCUGGUCAAAAAAUGGGUGUUUGAGUAAAAGCUUGAAAUUGGUAUUGUCUGUGUAGUAGUAUGUGGGAGAAGUAGCCAGGAUUUGGAAAAAUAAUCUGCAGUUCUUUUUGUUACUGAAUACAAAAUUCUUACCUUUAAUAGUGAAAUGGAGAUGAAAGUGUUACUACUAAGUUUGAGUAACUGUUUUAUGGUUUUGUAAUAUGUAUUUUAAAUUCAUGUAAAUAGUUAUUCCCCAACAGUAGAAGUAGCUGAUUUUGUUUUUAAGUAAAAUUGAAAACACACCCCCUUCCAUGGUUAAAUAAAGUUCAGUGAUAGAUGUUUUAUUGUUUACUUUGCAAAUAAAACCGCCUUCCUUUAACAGAA